AUGGCCUCGAGUGGAACAAGCUCUGAUGGACGGCCAUCUCGAACAGGAAGUGCGGAUUAUAAAAUGCCAAAUUAUGGGUAUAAAUCUGAUGGAUAUCAAUCAGGAUCAGCCAAUCUUGGAGAUGAUCCUGUUUCUGCGGUUCGAACUUUGAGAAAUCAAAUGAGACAAAAGAUGUCCAACUAUCAAUCAAUGAAUCUACCAGUAAAAGCUCAUCUUUGUCAAACGGCUUGUGAUACCUUAAGCCGAGCUGAAGGGCAAUUAAUCGGAAUGAAUAAUAAAAGAAGAAAUGCACUAAUGGUCGGUGAUAGUGGAAGUGCUGAUCAAAUGAAAGUGCAAAUGGAUCAAGUGAAAGAUGAUGCGAUUCGAAAUGCUUAUGCUGAUCUUGUCACCGAUUCUAAUCAGAUGAACGCGUAUGGAGUGGAUUCAAAGUGGACUCCACAAGAAGAAUCCCAUCCACCGAGAAAUCCCACUCCACAACCAUUGUUGCCAAGGCCAUCGAGUGAUCGAACAAAAAGUCGUCGUGGACCGUCAAAUGAGCGUUUCCGGCCGAAUAGUGUUGCUAGAAAGCCUCGUCGACAACGUCGCCCUCCUAGUCCAGAAGGAAAUCAAACGCCAUUUUCAAUGCAAAAAGGCCCAAAUCCUCAACCUGAAUUUGAUCCUGAUAUUCGUAGAAAUGGUCGACUCGCUGAAAUGGAGAGGCGUAAAAGAGGAGAGUUUAUUCAACCAACAUCACAAGCUGAAGCAAAUGCCAUGUUAUUUGAUAAUCCUUAUAAACCGCCAAAUCAAUAUGGACAAUGCCCAUAUUGUGACCGAGUUGAGCCAAGCUUUGGUAGAAAACAGAAUUUGGAGAGACAUUACACAACUGAUUGCCCAAUGCUUGUGAAAUGCCGCUACUGUAAUAAAGUUGUUCAAGCUAGAGAAUUGACAAAUCAUUAUUUGGAUCGUUGCGUUUUCUUGGAAGACAAAAUGAAGCCGUGUCCUUUGUGCGGAUUGGCAGCUGAUGAGCAUGAUAUUGCGGAUGGAGUAUCACAUCCAUUAUGUCGAGGUCGAAUGGCUCCAUCGGGUGCUCGUUGGUGUGCUCUUUGUGCUGUGGCUGUUGAUGACAACAAGGAAUCAUGGAAGAGACAUCUUCAAUUAGGACCAAAUGGUUGUUACAACAAUCCACGUUUAAAUGGAGAAGAGGCUUUGUUGGAACGACGAGGUUUAGAUGGAAGAGAUCCGAUGGCACCAAAUGAUGGCACAUAUGAUCCAAAUAAUCCAAACGGGGCAAAUGGCGGCACAAACACAACGACAAAUAGCAAAACGUCGACGAAAACGACGAGCAAAUUGAACGGAGCAAAACUUAUUGAUGCAGAUCAAUUGGUU